GACCAUGCCACGUUCAUCGAAGAGAUGAUAAUCGACAGACAUUGACGACAGCCCUGCCUGGAUAGAGGAUACAUCGCGUAGCGCGUAAUGGAGGAACACGUGAACCAGACGAGGAACUCGACCUCGGAGGGGUUGGUUUUCACGGAUGCCUCGAUCAUUCUGAGAACAUUGGUGCUGGGUCUCUUGAUACUCGUCACCGUUGUCGGGAACCUGUUCGUGAUAGCUGCGAUCCUGCUCGAGCGGAACCUGCAAUCGGUGGCCAAUUAUUUGAUCGUCAGCCUGGCCGUCGCCGAUCUCAUGGUCGCCUGUCUGGUCAUGCCUCUCGGCGCGGUUUACGAGAUAAACUCGGAAUGGUCGCUGGGGCCCGAGCUUUGCGACAUGUGGACCAGCAGCGACGUUCUCUGCUGCACUGCCUCGAUAUUGCAUCUGGUGGCUAUCGCGGUCGACAGAUAUUGGGCAGUCACCGAUCUCAAUUAUAUACAGGCGAGGAAUCCACGACGGAUUGGUAUGUUGAUCGUCGCCGUCUGGGUGGUGUCCUUAGGAAUCUCGUUGGCGCCUCAACUUGGAUGGAAGGAUCCUGAUUAUUUGGAUCGUAUAGCGGACGGGACUUGUCUGGUGUCCCAGGAUCCUGCAUACCAGAUCUUCGCCACUUGCGCGACAUUCUAUCUACCCCUGUUGGUUAUUCUAUUCCUGUACUGGAGGAUAUUUCAAGCGGCACGGAAGCGGAUCAGAAGGAGGCCGGGCACUAUUGUGCAGCCAGCUCGUGAAAGAAGAGGCAUCCUUAGAUACGUCACGAAAAGACCGAGGGAGGAGUCGACAGCGUUCACAAUAACGAGAUCCACGCCCGAUCAUUCCUCGAUCUCGCCGGAGAAAUCGUCGUCUUACAACGGGGCGAACGCGACCCAAUCGACCACGGUCACCCCGUCGACCGUUUCGACGACCACCACGACCACCACCACCACCACGGUGACGAAUCCUUCGAGCAGCCACUCGACCCACUCGUCGAGCAAGAGGACGCGCGACACGAUCGAGUCGAAGCGGGAGAAGAAAGCCGCGAAAACUCUGGCGAUAAUCACAGGGGCGUUCGUCGCGUGUUGGUUGCCUUUCUUCGUUGUAGCGUUGCUCCGCGCCACGUGCCAGGUCUGCGAGCCACCCGAGCUCAUAGCAAGCGUCUUCCUGUGGCUGGGCUAUUUCAACAGCACCCUGAACCCUGUGAUAUACACUGUAUUCUCACCAGAGUUCAGGCAAGCCUUCAAGAGGAUGCUUUGCGGUGGUUCCAGGAUAAUUCGCUGACAGUGGAUUUAAA